AUGAAGGCAGAAAGAGGAAAGGUGGAGUAUGAGGAAACUCGCAAGCGUCCUCGAGAUACUUCUCAGUCUUCUGGAUCAGGCAAUCAGCGCCGUCGUGUUUUCAUUCCAUACAGUGCUGUGCCUCGUGCUCCUAAUGCACCGAAGUCUUCUGGUUAUGCUCCUCGCCCACAAACUCCCAACAAUGCUGGUGGAACAAACUAUCAUUCCGCUAUGGGUACUCCAGGCAGUGGUGCGUGCUUCACUUGUGGUCAACCUGGUCACUACAUGAAGGAGUGCCCCCACAAUACUUCUGUUCGUGGUGCUCCACCACCAAAGAAGUUUACUAAGCCUCCAGUUGCUGGUCAUGGUCGUCUUACCCAUAGAAACCCCAAAACCCAGGGGGUUAUGGGCAAAAUCGCCCUUUCUUCCUCGCCACGCACGCAGGCAGGCAGCUGCCUGGCGCCCGCGCUGCCGUCGAUGGCGCCGGCGGCCAGGAUGCCUCCCGCCGCCCCCUGGCCGGCUAUAAAGCCCACCGCCGCCGCCGGAGCAAACCCUAGCACGCCCCUUUCUUCCCUCUCCUCCUCUCUGAGCAGCGCCCGAGCAAACCCUAGGCUCGGCCGCUCGCCGUCGCCGCCGUUACCGGCCUCCCCACGCCCAGCCAACACCGCCACGAGCUCCGCCUCGCUCCCCUCAUCCUCCCCCUGCAGCGAAUCGACCGGAGACGCCCCCAAUCACCGCCACCUCCCUCUUCUUCUCCGCAGCCGGGAGGGAUUUCAGCGACCAUCGCCGCCGCUACGGAGCUCCUCCGGCCACGCCGUCUUCACCAACAGCUCCACGGUGAGCCGGCGCCCCUCCUGGUACCCGCCGCUCGCGCUAUUGCGGCCCGUAUCGUGCCGGCGACAUGCGCCUGCCCCGGCCUCCGCGUGA